UGGCUCAACCGUUCAAGUAGUUAUGAGAUCUUGGUUUUUACUGAAUUCAAUAUAUUACUUUUAUUCAUUAUAGCUUAUUUAUACUCAUGUUGUGUCGCAUUUGUUCUAAGGAGAUAUCGGUUUUAUUUCCGCCGAGCUUUUUGGUACAUUUCGAAAUAUCCUCAUUAAAGAUCCCUUCGUCUUUUGUGAUGGUUCAAAUUUAAUUUUUACAUGAUUCACAUACUUUUAUCAUGUUUUUUUUUACUACUCCGUAAUAUAUUAGAAUUUGUCUCAGUGAAACUUUUCAAAAUAUCAACUUUCUAUAACUAUAUCAUGCAUUGGCCAAAAAAAAAAAAACAAAAAAAAAAACAACCAUUGUUCUUCCAAUAGAAACUCCAAGGAAGACAGAAUGAUUUGUAUCAAAUAAUAGUAGUAAUGGGAGGCCCACAAAAUGGUUUUUGGCUCUCAAAAUAUAAGAAGACAGUAUAUGCAUCAAGAGAGCCCCCCUAAUGUAUCAACCACAUAUUGACAUAUAAAUAGCCCACUACUAUAUCAAGGAUAAGCCUAUUCCUAUAACACAACACAACACAACACACACACGAAUUGUAUGUGAUGUUGUGUACUUUUAGUUGAUUACUUUAUCUCUUUCUUUUGAAUGAAGAACCAAAACCAACCAUGAAGAAGGGCUACACCGAGCCCAGGUCAAGCUCAUCUUGCGCGGCCUGCAAACUACUCAAGCGACGUUGCAGCCCUAGCUGCAUAUUCGCCCCACACUUUCGAGCCGACGAGCCUAAGAAGUUUGCCAAAGUCCAUAAAGUGUUUGGAGCCAGCAAUGUAAGUAAGAUCCUUAAUGAAGUCCCUGAGGAGCACCGUGAGGAUACUGUCAAUUCUUUAUCAUACGAGGCCGAGGCUCGCCUUCGUGAUCCGGUCUAUGGGUGUAUUGGUGCUAUUGCGCUCUUGCAAAGACGGAUGAUCCAGCUCCAGCAUGAUCUUGCCCUUGCCCGUGCUCGAUUAGCUCAGUACAAGGCUAGCAGCCUACAUAGUAAUGUUACCGCUAGUAGUAAUACUGAUGACAAUGGUUUGUUUGGUUUGGGUGAUCAUAAUGUUAGUAUAAUUCAUAUGAAUUUAUGUAGCGAAGGUUUAAUAAGUUUAGAUCAGUUUAGCCAAAGUGACAAUGGAGCUUAUAAUUCUAAUGACUUUGGUCAAGUUCCUGAUCUUCUUCCUUUGUGAUCGAUCGAUCAUGUAAUUAAAUGUAAAUCUAUUUAUCAA